AUGUCCCAUCAUGCACCGGGCUGGCCUCUCUCGUCUCGUUGGUGGUCGGAGUGCUGAGUGUGGAAAGAUGGCGGCGGAACGGCAGGCUGGUGCCGGGACGGAGGAGAAUAAGGAGAAUAAGCGGCCGCCGGCGGGGAAGGCUGGGGCACUGGGAGACACUGUGGGCCUGGAGAUCCUUCAGAUUAUUAAGGAAUCCCAGCAGCAGCAUGGCAUGCGACAUGGAGACUUCCAGAGAUACAGAGGCUAUUGCUCCCGUCGCUUAAGACGUCUAAGGAAAACACUCAAUUUUAAGAUGGGAAACCGACACAAGUUCACGGGAAAGAAAAUCACUGUGGAGAUGCUUUCUGAUAACAGGUAUCUGCUAAUCAUCUUGAUGGAUGCUGAAAGAGCCUGGAGCUAUGCCAUGCAGCUUAAAAUGGAAGCCAACACAGAGCCUCGCAAGCGCUUCCAUUUGCUGUCCCGAUUGCGGAAGGCUGUCAAACACGGUGAGGAGCUGGAACGGCUCUGUGAUAGUGAUCGCGUGGAUGCAAAGACAAAGUUGGAGGCUCAGGCAUACAGUGCCUAUCUCAAUGGCAUGGUGCAGUUUGAGCAACAGCAAUGGGAAGAAGCAAUGAAAGCUUUCAACAAAUGCAAGACGAUCUAUGAAAAGCUGGCCAGUGCUUUCACUGAUGAGCAAGCUGUACUGUAUAACCAAAGAGUGGACGAGAUCUCACCCAACAUCCGUUAUUGUGCCUACAAUAUUGGGGAUAAGACGGCUAUGGACGAGUUAAUGCAAAUGAGACUUCGUACUGGAGGUGCAGAAGGCAUGUUAGCUGAAAAGCUGGAGGCCUUGAUCAGCCAGACAAGGGCAAAACAGGCAGCUACCAUGAGUGAGGUGGAGUGGAGAGGACGCACUAUUCCUGUUAAAAUUGAUAAAGUGAGGAUUUUCCUCCUUGGACUAUCGGACACCGAAGCUGCAAUUGCUCAGGCUGAAGAUGAGGAAACCAAAGAACGGCUGUUUGAAUCUGUGCUGAGUGAGUGUAGAGAUGCUAUCCAAGGUGUGCGAGAAGAGCUGCGAGCUGAGCAGAGGCACAGAGAUGGUGUCAUUGAUGGUGAAACUGGCAAAGUGUCUACCCUACAGUUCUUGCACAGUUACCUAUCCUACAUCAAGCUGUCCACAGCUAUCCACCGUAAUGAGAGCAUGGCCAGCGCUCUGCAGAAGGCCCUACUCCGCCAGCCACAGGCAGAAGAAGAUGGCAAAAGGAACCCACGACCACAGGAUUUGAUCAGGCUUUAUGAUAUCAUUUUGCAGAAUCUUGCAGAGCUGACACAGCUGCCUGGUUUGGAGGAAGACCAAAGUUUCCAGAAGGAGAUUGUAUUAAAGACGCUGGUGUACAAAGCAUACAGGUGCUUUUUUAUUGCUCAGUCUUAUGUUCUGGUGAAGAAGUGGAGUGAAGCCCUAGUACUCUAUGAUCGGGUGCUGAAGUAUGCUAAAGAAGUCCGGUCUGGUUCAUCUAAGGGCAGCCUGAAGGAUUUACCUGAUGUGCAGGAACUCAUCAAACAAGUGAAUGCAGAGAAGUACUCCAUGCAGGCUGCUGCCAUACUUGACCCGUCCAAUGCGCACACCCAAGAGAUCUCUCCCUCUCAGACAAAAGACAACAAGCCUCUCUCAGAUCGUCUGGACAACUUUUCCUUUGACUCCUCUCUGGUGACCAAACAUGCCCGUCUGGUGCAGUUCCCUCCAGACUUCCAUCCAGUCCCAUGUAAACCUCUGUUCUUUGACUUGGCCUUAAACCAUGUAACGCUGCCUUCUCUGGAGGACAAGCUGGAGCAGAAGACAAAGAGUGGAUUGACUGGAUACAUCAAAGGCAUCUUUGGCUUCCGUAGUUAAUGAGCUGCUAUAAAAGAUUUGCCAGUUGAUACUGUGCAACGUAAAGAAUUGUCGGUUAAUACUGCUCAACGUCUUGUUCUCCAUCAUUUUGCCCCUAUUCACCACAGACUGUGCAGUGAUACAUUCUGAGAUAGUACUGCCAUCACUCACUUCUAUAUAGAUCAAUAAAUUCUUUUAAUUUAUUGGGAGGAAAUUAUCCCAUUUAUUUACCAUCAUUUGGACUGUGGCCACUUCCUUUUUUGCAGUGUUUUGGAAAAUCUUUACAUGGGGCAGAAGAGAUUUCCGUAAUGGUUUUACACUGCAUCAGAGUUGAGCACAAUCCCAUAAAUUCAACGCAAAAUGAGCAUUUUAGUUCAUCUCCAUGAAAUUUGUGGAGGCUUUUAUUGCUUUUUCACCAUGUGUAACAUGAGGUUUAUUAUUAUGACUCGGCUUUUCACCCAUUAUUAUCUGUUUAAUGGAAGGGAUUAAAGAGGACCUACACUCAAAUGUUAACUUCGACCUAUGUUUA